AUGGCGACGGCGCACAUGCAGCGGCCCUACCCGCCCAUCUACCACCCAACCUCCUCCGUCGCCCAGCAGGACCAGCAUGGCCGCUCGCUCUACGCCCAACCGCCCGCCCUCGGCAUGUACGCCGCCGCUGCCUACCCGCAGUACUCGCCCAUGAGCUCGCUGCCGCCCUACCAGCACCACCAGCAGCAACCACACCAGCAGCACCAGCCACCGCCGCCGCACCAGCAGCCACCACCACACCAGCAGCACCACCAGCAGCAUCAGCAGCACCAGCAACACCAGCAGCACCAGCAGGCGCCGCCGCAGACACAGGGCAUGAUGAUGAGCCCCGUCUCGGCGCCCAUGCCCCAGCUGCAGCAGCAACACGCCCAGCACCCGCAGCAGCAGCAGCAGCAGUCCCAGGUCAGCCCGCGCAUGAAGCUCGAGAGCAGGCCGCAGACAUCUUCUUCUCCCACUACCAACUCCGGCGCUGCCCCCGGCCCCAUCCCAGCCACUACUCCCCUGGUUGUGCGGCAAGACACCAACGGCGUGCAGUGGAUAGCGUUCGAGUACUCGCGCGACCGCGUCAAGAUGGAAUACACCAUCCGCUGCGACGUCGAGAACAUCAACAUCGAGACGCUGCCGCAGGACUUCAAGACCGAGAACUGCGUCUACCCGCGCGCCUGCUGCACCAAGGACCAGUACCGCGGCAACAGACUCGUCUACGAAACAGAGUGUAACGCAGUCGGAUGGGCGCUGGCAGAGCUCAACCCGUGUCUGCGGGGGAAGCGAGGCCUCAUCCAGCGGGCAGUCGACAGCUGGCGCAACUCGCACCAGGACCCCCGGCUGAGAAGUCGGCGAGUCAAGCGCAUGGCGAAGGCCAACAACAGAAAGGCCGUGGCUCAGCAUGCCUCGCAUCUCAGCCAGCACCACCCGCAACAGCAGCAGCAGGCUCAACCACAGCAACCGCUGCCUGGGCUACCGCCGCAUCAGCCGCAUGGAGCGCACCAGGACGGCCAUGCAGAGGACGUUAACGUUAGCGCCCAGUACCGCCAACAACAGCAACAACAACAGCAACAACCAACAUACACCGAUAGACCAUCUCACGUCUUCAGCGGCACAGGCACCGGCAACGGCAACGGCACAUACCCAUACCCCGCCGCCUCGACAGCAACAUCAUCCGACAAACGCCAUCCAGACGAUGACGUCGUGCAGGCCCAGCACCCUCAGCAGCAAUUCAAAGAGCUACCGGAGGGCAAGAGACGGAAGUUCAUUCUCGUCGAAGACCCGCAGCGCUCAUGUCGAGUCCGUGUCAAAGUCAUGCUGGACCAGGUCGAUAUGAAAGAGAUACCUGAUUCGUACCGUAAGGCUAACUCGGUGUUCCCGCGCACUUACGUACCGGUUCACUCCCCCUUUGCCCACCAGCGUCGAAAGGGGGAUCGGUUCAUGGACGAGGACGAUGAGGCUGCGCCUGCUGGACGGGUGGUGGCGGGCAGUAAAGACGAUGCUGCCAGCGAAGAUGUGACGGCUGGUAGGACGGGGGUGCCGUUGUCUAUGCUGGAGGGCGAAGAGGUGAUGGUUCCGAGGCUUACGGGGGUGAAGAAGGCGAGAGAGGAGCUGCUUAAUGAUAUGGGCUAUCGGAUGAGUUGGGGACAGAGCAGAGUCUUUGCGGGACGGAUGCUCUUCCUGCAGCGAUCAAUGGACGCGUAUCGGAAUAAGAUGAGGAACAGCAUGUUGACUGCUGGCCACGAGACGAGCGAGAUAGCGCCUUACUUCGAGACGCGCGUGGGUAAAAGGAGAUGGCUUGAGAGAGGCCGCAAGCCCGCAGACGUCAAGGACAAGGACGUCGCUGCUGCUGCUGCUUCUCCCCCUGCGGUGCUCACUUCUGCCUCGUCACGGAGCGCAGAGGAAGUCGAGUAG